GUCUCUCUCUCUCUCGCUCGCUCUCUCUAGCUUUUUUUUUUUUGUCUACCUCACCUCUUCUUCUGCUCUCCUCUUAUUGAUUCAUAGUGAGGAGGAUACACACAGUCAGAGGAGCCCGGCUAUUCUGCCACACUGGAGUUAAUCAAGUUGAUGCGUACCGCUGCAGGUUAUGAGGACGGCAGGAUGGAGUUCCCAGACCACAGCAGACAUUUACUCCAGUGUCUGAGCGAGCAGCGGCACCAGGGCUUCCUGUGUGACUCCACGGUGCUGGUGGGCGAUGCCCAGUUCCGUGCCCACCGGGCCGUGCUGGCCUCCUGCAGCAUGUACUUUCACCUUUUCUACAAGGACCAGCUAGACAAGAGAGACGUGGUGCACCUCAACAGUGACAUUGUAACUGCGCCGGCCUUCUCCCUUCUGCUGGAGUUCAUGUACGAGGGCAAGCUGCAGUUCCAGGACCUUCCUGUAGAGGAUGUGCUAGCAGCGGCGAGCUACCUGCACAUGUAUGACAUUGUCAAGGUGUGCAAGAAGCGUUUAAAGCAGAAGGCCACAGCGGAAGCAGACAGCACUCGCAGAGAGGACGAUGGCGGGUCCAGCUGCUCUGACAAGGCCGACAGUCUAUCGGAAGGUUCGACGGGUCGGCCUAUUUCUGCAGACCUGCUUCACAGUGAUGAAGAGGAGGAGGGGAAGGCUGAGGGAGGUCCACUGUGGCUGAGGCUGCCGUCUGCGGGCAGACCAGUGACCCCAGGUGUGGCUCGGACCAGCCCAGGGCAUGGUGAGCCUGAAGCUCAGGCAGGUGAAGGCCUGGGCGAGGGGGGGAAGGUGCUCUCCCCGGCCGGCAGCCCCAGCAGCUCCACUGGAUCUCUCUCCCAGAGGUCCCACCGCUCGCUGAAUUCUCGUGGAGGGCACAGAGGCAGGAGGGUGUCGAACGAUGCUGCUGACUGCGUCCUGGAUCUGUCAGUGAAGCCCAUAGCCGGUAGCAACCACACCAACCACCAUCAAUCGUUUUUCAGUGGGGCGGUGACACCGGACAGCCUGCAGAGCCCCUUGGCUGUGAGGGUGAAGGUGGAGAGGGGUGUAGCUUCAGAUGAAGAAGAUGAGUUAGGAGGUGGGGACUAUGACAUGGAGCACAGCGGCCUCAACAAAACCCAGGUUCCCAGCACUAAUGGAGGUCUGAGCCACCACGGGGUUGGGGGCCCUCUGUCGGCCCAGCGAAGGCUCGGGCUGGAGGCGCACCUGUCCGCUCUGCGAGAGGCGUCUCUGGCCUCGGAGCUGGAGCGGGACGAGAAGCCUCCAGCCUCAGCAGACGACGAGGACAUACUGGGAGGAGAAAACGAGCGUGCUCAGGCUGAGGCGGCCAGCAUGGACACGUCGCUGCUGCCUUACGUCUCCAACAUGCUGUCAGCUCAGCACACCCAGAUCUUCAUGUGCCCGCUGUGCAACAAGGUUUUCCCCUCCCCUCACAUUCUCCAGCUUCACCUCAGCUCCCACUUCAGGGAGCAGGAGGGCAUCCGCUCCAAGCCCGCCGGAGACGUCAACGUGCCCACGUGCACCAUCUGCAGCAAAACCUUCUCCUGCAUGUACACUCUGAAGCGCCACGAGCGAACUCACUCCGGUGAAAAACCCUACACCUGCACCACCUGUGGCAAGAGCUUCCAGUACUCUCACAACCUCAGUCGCCACGCAGUGGUGCACACGCGCGAGAAGCCGCACGCUUGCAAGUGGUGCGAGCGGCGCUUCACGCAAUCCGGGGACCUCUACCGACACAUCCGCAAGUUCCACUGCGAACUGGUCAACUCGCUGUCCGUGAAGAGCGAGCCGCUGGCACUGCCCAACGUCAGGGACUGGGCGAUUGAGGACAGCUCCCAGGAACUGUGGAAGUAGAAACAGACUGGUGAUGAAGGGAAAGAGACGGAGAGUAAAAAAAAAAAAGGGCGCAGAGGUUUGGGGAGGUGGAAGGAAGGUGGCAGAGUUAGUCGGGGUUUAAGUGAAUUAUGUUCUUAUUUGUUGCAACAUCUCAUUCAACUGCACUUUAAUAGCACAUGAAAAUGUUACUACUGAGUUAUUUUGUUG